CCUUUUAUAACUGAACUACCAUCACUCACCACUCUUCCACCGCUUUCUCUUCUCUUCCAUCUCCUUCCUCACAAGCUCCUUCCAUGGAUCCCAAUUCAGCCCCUGAUGAUGAUCAAAUCCUCCGCAACUUCCAUCCCUGGUUCCGUCUCUACAAAGACGGCCGCGUCCAACGCCUCAUGGGCCAAGAUAAAGUGCCCGCCGGCAUUGACCCUGUCACCGGCGUUCAAUCCAAAGACAUCACCAUCAACCCAGAAACCGACUUAUCCGCUCGCAUGUUCCUCCCCAAGGCUGCCGGCACUGCAGAAAAGCUUCCCUUGCUAAUUUACAUCCACGGCGGCGCGUUCUGCAUCUGCUCGGCGUUUCAUCCCUUUUACCACAGCCACCUGAACACCAUAGCCGCCGAAGCAAACGCCGUUGUUCUGUCCGUCAACUACAGGUUAGCCCCGGAGCACCCUCUCCCCAUCGCCUACGAUGACACGUGGGAGGCGAUCAAAUGGGCCGCGGCACACUCGAACGGUGUUGGGUCGGAGCCCUGGCUCAAUGACCACGCGGAUUUCAGGUGCUUGUAUUUCGCCGGCGAUAGCGCAGGCGCGAACAUCGCGCACAGCAUGGCGAUGCAGGUCGGCAUCGACGGUCUUAAUGGAUUGAACCUCGCCGGAAUCGUUCUGAUCCACCCGUAUUUCGGGAACGAUAGACGCGACGAGCUGAUCGCGUUCUUGUAUCCGACGAUGGCGGGGCUGGAUGACCCGAAGAUAAAUCCGGCGAAGGAUCCGAAUCUGCGACGGCUGGGUUGCCGGAGAGUGCUGGUUAUGGUGGCGGCGAACGAUUUUCUGGUGGACCGUGGGAGGACGUAUUACGAGGCAUUGAAGAACAGUGAGUGGGAAGGAGAGGUGGAUAUGGUGGAAGCAGAAGGAGAAACCCACGUGUUCCAUUUGUACGAUCCGGCGAAGGAGAAGGCUCGGAGCCUCGUGAAGCAGUUUGGUUCCUUCAUCAUCCAGAAGUAGACGACGUCGUAUUCUUGUGUUUCUAAACUUUAUAUUUUAUAUUUUCCGUGGGGCCAUCUUUUAUUGAGUUUUAUCUGUUUUAUUUUUUUUUUUAUGUGGAAGGUUGCGAAAAAUGAUUGAAACUAUAUGAAAUAAAAAUGCAAAUUAAGUGCUUGAUGAA